AUGUGGCGAAGAUUGCAUUUCUCAAAUGUUGAAUUAAAUGAAAUUGAGCCUCAGUUAUCCAUUAAAGAUGAGUUGAAACAAGUAGAAGAACGAUUCAAUGAGGUUGACAUUGGCGGUAAAGUCACCAUCAAGCAGAAGUUACUUGAGAUUGUUUGUCCUACAUUGACAUCAAUGGUCCCUCCAUUACAUAAAGUGAAGACAAAGGGUGCACAAAAAAAAUCUUCAUCUGUGAGAAGUAAAUUACAAUCAAAGCCAAAAGCAGUGAAGAAAAGGAGAGUUCCAAUGAUAGACCAGUUUCAUUCUACUACUCACUCCUUGAUUGUGGACGUUGUUGAUGUUGUGGCUGAUGGUCACUGUGGGUAUAGAUGCAUUGCUGCGUUGUUGGGACUCGGAGAAGAUUCAUGGCCCGUUAUCAGGAAUGAGUUGUACAAAGAACUCAGUGCAUGGCGUGAUGAAUAUGCAAGCCUAGUAGGAGGCUAUGAUAGACUAGAAGAACUGAGGAACUCUUUGUUGGUGCAGUCACUGUCGGCAGCUAACAUGAACAAGUGGAUGACAUUACCAGACAUUGGUUUUCCAAUUGCUAACCGAUAUAACGUUAUCUUAGUGUGUUUGUCAUACUCUCAAAAUUAUACUAUCUUCCCACUACGUUCCACACCACCUUCUGAUAUAACUCAACAUCGCUUAAUUUGUAUAGGACAUGUUCAUGGAUGUCAUUUUGUGCAGGUUAAGCUACAAGAAGGUUGUCCGUUGCCCAUGGUGAAUAUCAUGUCCUCAACCCACUGUUAUCCUGAGGCACGAGCGUGGUCAUAUAUUUAUACUAGUAGGAUGCAAGUAUUUGAACAGUUGAUGGACAUAACAUCUUUUGUUGACUUAGGUGAUUCGUGA